AUGACGACCAGCAGUCGAACCUUACUCCCCACGUUCGUCGACCAACCCAUCUUUCCCGUCCCACCAGGCUCCGUUCUGUCCCAACUGCUCGAAUCCACGAAUAUUUCAUCCUCCCGACGUCCCGGGAUGAUGACGGGGACGGAAAAUUCGGAAAAAUUUCAAAAAUCAAAGAGUUUCUGCGCCUCGAAAAAGUCGAAAAUUCCCACGAUGAAAUCUGCACAGGGAUCCGAUUUCGAGAAAUCGUUGCGAUACUAUAGCGUUCCUGGGACUCCAGUGAGUUGCAUGUCGCGAGAUCCGAGUCCGAAUACGAGAUGUAGUUCUUCCCGGGGGACGAGUCCAGCGUCGAGGUGGGGUCAAGGAAGAAGUCGACCCCCUCCAUCGCCCAAAAGUGCCCCCGCCAAACCAAUUGGACCACACCAACGCCCCGUCCGCCUAGCUUAUGGCAUCCAUGGGGCUCAAUAUCAACAAAACCAGCAAAAAACGCCCGAAAACCCGUCCCCGUUUUAUCGCCAGAAGGAAACCCACUCCGGAUGUGGGUCAACCUUUUCCGGGGAGAGGACGUCCAGAAGGCUUUUUAGUAGAAUGCUGCCAAACCACGUGGUCCCAAAAAUCGAGCGGAACCUGAUCCCACCUUGCACCCCCACGCAAACGGAGGACGGCUUCAUCCUCUGUCCGUGUCAACAUGUGGAAAUUGCGUGUCAAACGAUAAGCUCAGAGUUGUUGUCGAUUCAUAAGAAGAAGAAACGGGAGGAGGAAGAUAAGGACAGAAAAUCUGUAGCGGAGGAAGAACAACAGACGGAUUUUGAAGAAGCGAAUAACGAGUGCAUGAUUUGUGCCGAUACGAAGAAACGUCUUAGUAAACAGGACGCAAAAUGUCAAAAAUUGCAGGGAACAGUGAACGAAUUGAAGGCAGUGCAAGAAAUUGUGCAAACCCGCAAGAAACCAAACACUGCACAAAUUACGUGA